CUUGCGGGCGUCCGGCUGCAGCCGCAGGCUCGGGUGCUCGCGCAGGAAAGCCCGCACGUCGGCGGGCAGCUCGCUCAUGGCCUGGCAGCCCGCGGAGCAACCCCAGGGACGCCGCUCGCACCACGUGGAGCCGGGGGCGGGGCUCUGGGCGGGACUCGGCGGCGCCCCGGAAGCAGAUGCCUCCUGCGUCCCGGAAGUGCCCGCGGGGCUGGAUGCCAUGGCGGCGGUGGCUGCUCUGCAGCUGGGGCUGCGGGCGGCGGGGCUGCGGGCCCCGGCCAGCGCCGCCUGGAGGAGCGUCCUUGGGGUCUCCCAACGCCCAGAGGUGGCCUGGAGGCCAAGCAGGUGUGGCAGUUCUGCAGCAGAAGCAUCUGCCACAAAAGCGGAAGAUGACUCCUUUCUCCGGUGGGUCCUGCUCCUCAUCCCCGUGACUGCUUUUGGCUUGGGGACAUGGCAGGUCCAGCGUCGGAAGUGGAAGCUGAACCUGAUUGCAGAGUUGGAAUCUAGAGUUCUGGCCGAGCCUGUCCCUCUGCCCGCAGACCCAGUGGAACUGAAAAAUCUGGAGUAUAGGCCAGUGAAAGUCAGGGGGUGCUUUGACCACUCCAAGGAGCUGUAUAUGAUGCCCCGGACUAUGGUGGACCCUGCCCGGGAGGCCCGGGAGGCCGGCCGCAUCUCCUCCUCAGCCGAGACUGGGGCCUAUGUGGUCACCCCCUUCCACUGCACCGACCUGGGGUGAGUAGGGCACGGGGGAGCUGGCUGUCCUGGCAGAGCCAGUCAGGGUGUACUAACG